AUGAGCAAAGGAUGUAUUUCCUAUACCCAGCAACAGAAUAUCAAGCCACAGCUUCACCAGCAGCAGCAACAACAACCACACAGACCCACCGUUGCCAAAGAAAUUGGAGAAGCCUCCAAUUCCUUGACAUCGACCUCAGUUCCGGCAGCCACAGCGCGACAAUGGAGUCGAAAACAUGCCACAGUGAACGAAGAUUACAACCACCUGAUGCAGAGCCACCACAACAACAACAAACACCUUCCAUUUUUAGACAGCGACGAAGAGGAGCAGCUGCAGGAAGGCGAAGACAUCCAGCGUCCCAUCCUAGAUGACAAUAAAUUGCAACAAUUAAAACUCCAUAAAGAUUUCUAUUAUCAGCAGCAGGAAAAACAACAAAAACUAUUGAGAGAGCAAGGACAGCAGCAAAGUGAUAUGGAGGAUGAGGCGGAGGCGGAGGAGGAGGAUGGCGAGGAUGAAGAUGAGGCGGAGGAUGCCGAGACUGAAGAUGAGGAUAAUUUCAGUGAGCAUUUUGAAACAGAAAAUCAUAAACAACAACAACAACUACAAAAACAGAAACAACACUCUACCAAUAAUUCUCUAACCAAAGCUAGGACUUCUCUAAAACCAGCUCAUCAUCACCACCAGCGAGGACUUUAUCAGCUGGAUGAUCAAACCGCUGCCACUCACCCCUCCACCUCCUCCUCUUUCUCUUCUCCCUUGUCUUCAUCUGUUCCCAACAACUCAUUCUAUUCUUCCUCUUCGUCGUCGUCGUCGUCUUCUUCGCCGUCUUUAACCAAAAAGAUUUCCGCUUCUUCCACAGCCUCCUCGGAGGAUCCCAGAAGCCUUCACAAACAACCAUCCCAAAUGCUUUUAAAGAAUGAGCGCAACGUUUAUUCGAAUUCACAAAACAAAAACAAAAACAAACAAACUCCUGCCAAAACAAGCUUAAAAGCUUUAACUAACAAAGAGCACCAAAGAAUCCAUGUGGCCCAUCGGCUGCAACACAAAGAAGUUAAGAAGACACACAAUAGGGAAAGCCAACAUAGAGCGAAUAUGCGGCAACAACAACAUAGGGAUAGUUAUCAAACGAAAAGCUUUAAAGAUGGCCAAAAUGAGCAGCAAGAGGAGAAGGAGGAGGAGGAAGAUGAAGUAAAAAUCGAAAGAGAAAGCUCUAAACGUACUCGCAGAGAAACCGAGGAAGUUGAGAGCAAACAAAGUCUGGAGGAAGAUCACCAUGAAAGCACUUUGGCCCUGACAGAGGACUAUACCUCCUUCUCCACGACCAGCAUGGAUUUAGAGGCAACCUCCCAGCCCUUCACACCACAACAAUCUCAAAAUUCAUAUCUCAACCAAUCUCUGGUAAGUGGUCCCACCUCAUCACUUUCCAUUGUGGCGCCCACCCAUUCGAUCCUACCCUCAACGGUGGCCAUGAAAACCAAACGCUCCCACACCAACGUCCGUGUCCCUGUGGAGGUAUUGAACACUCCCAAGGAGGCCAUGGUCAUUAUCGAUGAAGUGGAGGAAUAUGAGGGUGCUGCCGAACGCCAACAUGAAUAUGCCCAAAUGGGUGUAAUUGGCGGGCCGGAAGAUUAUCCUCACGAUGAGGAGCCAAGAAUGCUGCCGCUGAGACCCAUCUUGCCUAAUCCCUAUGACGCGGAAGAAAUGUCUGUCGUCUAUGCUGAGCAACAUUCGGAAAUACGUCUGAUGUGUGAGGUCGAUUUGGACAUUGCCUCCAGCAUGUGGUACAAAAAUGGCCAGGCUCAAUAUUAA